AGAUAUGAGCGCCUAGAAGAGCAGCUGAAUGACCUGACAGAGCUUCACCAGAAUGAGAUGACCAAUCUCAAGCAGGAGCUGGCUAGCAUGGAGGAGAAGGUGGCUUACCAGUCCUAUGAGAGAGCCAGGGACAUCCAGGAGGCUGUGGAAUCCUGCCUGACUCGCGUCACCAAGCUGGAGCUUCAGCAGCAGCAGCAACAGGUGGUGCAGCUGGAAGGGGUGGAGAAUGCCAAUGCCCGGGCCCUGCUGGGCAAAUUCAUCAAUGUCAUCUUGGCCUUGAUGGCCGUGCUGCUGGUCUUUGUCUCCACCAUUGCUAAUUUCAUCACGCCCUUGAUGAAGACCCGCAUGCGUCUCUUGAGCACCACCCUGCUAGUGCUUUUUCUCUUCCUCCUCUGGAAGCACUGGGACUUCAUCACCUAUCUUCUGGAACAUGUGCUGCUCCCUAGCUGAUUCUCCUGGCAGCCAGAUGCCGGGGCUGCAGCAUGUUUGGUUUUUUUUCUUGAGGAGAGGGAUAAUGAGGAGACCUUCCAAUUCAGUUUCCUUUGUCUAUAUGGAGUAUGUAAUUCUCACUCAUUCUUCCCUUGCACAGCCAUCUUUAUUUACAUCCAACAUCGUUUCUCAGCUGUAAGGAGUGUAGUUGCAUCUGGGCUUGUGAGAGGAUGAGUAAGUCACUCCUCUGGGAUGCCUUUGCAAGGCAUUGUGGGAAGACAAACAAAGUCUUUAAAAAGCUUAGCCUUUUCUUUUAAAGCAAACAAAGGAAAUGAUGGUGAUUGCAAAGCUUUGUAUGCAGAGCAGAAUACCAGUCGCUAGAAAGCAGUUUUUGGGGUGUUUUCGGCCUGAGAAGGAGGGCGAACAGUUUAUUCCUAGGCACAGUGCUAACCUACUGUAUGAAGACAACGGUUUAACACAGAAGGUGAACUUUUUUCUUAACACUUCUGCCCUUUAGGAGGAAUGUGCACAGAAUUUAUGGAGUAGAAUGAUGUACAUAUCGCACCAGCUUAUCCAAGUCACAUGGAUACUUUACUUUUCCAUUCCUGCAGAACAGCUGAUUUGCCAGAAACAUACCUGGGCAUUUUAAUUAUGAUGGACUUGACAUCUUAGUGGGUUGUUUCACCAGUUCAUUUAUGCCCAGCGGAAACAAGUUCAGAGGGGAAAGCAUCUACCAUUCUGGUGCAAGCGCAACAUUUUUGGUUGGCUUUGUUUUAUUUCAUUCUUUUUGCUUUUGUUUGAUAUCUUCACAGUCUGGGGGAGAAAUUCUGACAGUGCAUCUGCGAGUCUUACAAUCUUUGCAAGUGUGUGUGUUAAUUUAUUGAUGUCACAAAUCUGUUCCUUUUUUAAUCAAGCAUUCAAUGAAAUUCAGCUGCCUUCACAUCUCCUGAGUCCCUAGAAAAAACAGAGUGUGAAGAAGGUUUUUAAAUGGUUGAAUAGUCUAUGCAAAGUUAGUGAGCCUCUGUUCUGAAUUUGGCAAUGCUUCAUCAAAUUGUACCAGUAGAAAAUUUGCUCGUUAUUUGCUCCAAGAGACAAUCCUCCAUCUCUGCAUACUGAAGUGGUUCUAUUAAUAGAACAUCAUCGUAGUGUCUUUAAAGCAGACAAAGGAAGCGGCCAUUAUAUGUAGGAUCAGGCCUUUCAAUGGAGAUUUUCUCACAAAGGGAGAAAGUAACUGAUUGCCUCUGCUCUUAAGCUUCUGAUGUAUUUCUGCAGUUUUUAUUUCAAGGGAUCUAUUCACACUUAUUGUUCAAAGCAUUUCAUUUUAUAGCAAAGCUGUCAGGAUGUGGCACAUUUUUAAGGCUUAAGAUGAAAUGAACUAACUGAGGAGUUCAUGCCUGUUGAGUGGUUAGUAUUUGCAAAAAUAUAACUGCUGUUGCUGGCAAAAGAGAGAUUUAAUUGUAAGUUGGAUGGGAAGGUUAUUCAAGGGAUGCUGUAAGAUAGGUAGGGAACCUGACCUCUCCCUGCAAGGGAGGCAAUCUGUCAAGUCCUGCAUGCCAGCUGUUGGUGGGGCUGGAGUCACCUUGUACACUCAGUCACUCUGCCUCACCAUUCAUCAGUCAUCAUCAAACAUCCAUUUACUCCACACUUUCUCUCUUUCAUCCACUGCCCCCCUUAUCCAUAUGCAUAUACAGACUCUCCAUUCUCUCUUGCUUCCUUUUCUUUCUUGCUUCCUUUCUUGCUUCCUUCCUUCCUUCCUUCCUUCCUUCCUUCCUUCCUUCCUUCCUUCCUUCCUUCCUUCCUUCCUUCCUUCCUUCCUUUCUUUCUUUCUUUCUUUCUUUCUUUCUUUCUUUCUUUCUUUCUUUCUUUCUUUCUUUCUUUCUUUCUUUCUUUCUUUCUUUCUUUCUUUCUUUCUUUCUCCCUCUCUCUCUCUCCCUCUCUCUCUCUCUCUCCUCUCUCUCUCUCUCUCUCUCUCUCUCUCUCUCCCUCUCUCUCUCUCCCUCUCUCUCCCCCCCCCUCUCUCCCUCUCUCCCUCUCUCCCUCUCUCCCUCUCUCUCUCUCUCUCUCUCUCUCUCUUUCUCUCACCCUGCCUGUAUGGUAAUUAGACUUAAGAAAAAAGCUCCUAUUUGUACCCAUGGAAGCUUUUUCCCUCCUGGCCUAAUUGCCAGUUCAGGUGGUUUUGGUGGUGGGAGGGAGUCAAGAAGAGGAUGAUUAAGCCUUUCCUCCCCAGUUUCCACCACACACAAAUCCCCCCUACAUGGCAAUUAUGUUCAGGAAAAAUAGGUUGCAGUUGCAGGCUGGAUCCAGAGGUGCCACAGACUAGGGUUCCCACCCAGGCUGCAAGAUAGUGUAAUAGACCAGAAUCAUGCAGUUUAGUUCACAACUUGGGCUAGAUUUUAUUGGUGUAGCAGAGUUGAGGUAACAGAGUCCUAAGGUGGUAGAAUGGACAGAGUUGUGGGUGGUAUGUGUUUGCGUAGGGUUACAUUUUUGAUUGCUCAUUUAUGUUAAAAACUUGUUGCAAGUAGAAAGCCAGGAUAGCAGGUAGAAGGUGGGACUAGAAGGGCCUUUCUUUUAUACCUUAGUAGGUUUCUACUUGCAGGAGUUACUUUUACAUAUGGUUUUCAAAAAUAUUCUUCACUGGCAGCCUAAAUUAUAUAAUCCAUAGUAUCUCCCAGAACUUCAUCACCUCAUUCUAUUAUAUAUGUAGAUUGUCUUAAAUGUGCUCAAGAUCAUGCUUCUGCAAAUUUUGCUUUGGUAAGAACUUUGGGCAGAUACCAAAUGAUUAUGUGGAAAGGAAAAAGGAACAUUUUUGUUAAGCCAGAAAGGUAUUCCAGUACUUUGUAUAUUCUGGUAUUGCUAAAACCCAAGAGGAUAUGCACUUUAUGAUGCUUUAAUCUAUUGGAAAUCACUGUGGUGUAAGAUCUUAGGAUCCAAGAGUUGCAUACAGGGCAGGGCAAUUAUGAGCAGAAUAUAUUUGGCAGGUACAACUUUCACCCCAGUGACACACACUCUACAACAGGAAAAGUUUCAUCUGCUGAAAUCUUUCUUUGUUAUGACAAAUAAAUGCAGAACAUCCUGGCAGAGUGAUUAUCUACUUCUCCCUUUAUGCUGGCCCUUUCUGUGACCUUUCAGAUUUGCUCUUUAUUAUACAAUCCAUUUCUGAUUUUUGUGUGUCUGAGAAUACUACCUAUAACGGAUAAUCAUAGUCAAGGUGACACGUUUACAAACCCAAGCACCUGAUCUUGGCUUCUGAGAGUCUGCAUUUUAUUCACUUUAGCACCUAAAAUGGAAUGUUGGCCUGAGACUUAAUCUCUACAAUGUAUUGCCUUUUUGCAAAGGAGGCCUCUGAUGACAAUAUUUCAUCAUAUGGCAGACACAGUUGUGAUCUGCCUUUAAUAACCCCAGGAGAUGUGAAGACGCCAAUUUUUCUUGUAUGCAUAUAUUUAUUUUGUAUAUUUUCCUCAAGAGUCAGAAAAUCAACUUACCUUUCCUGAUCGGUUACAGAAGGAGCUGAUUUUCUAGUGUAACGUGCAUGGAUUAUUUAUUUAAUGAUCUUAGAAUGAAUGUUGAAUGAAUUGGAAAAGUGCUUUCAGUAAUAAACAAAAAACUAUUCCAGAACAUAAAAUAAAACAGAUUUUGUCCAGAAUCCACAGUGAAAGUGUAACUGUGGUGCUGGAUUUGAGCUAGAUGGGGGUUCCCAGGCUGGCUUUGCACAGCAAGGGGAGAGCAUAGCCAGCUAGGAUUCUUAAUUCUUGAUAGUUUUUGCUACUGGACUGUUUAUACUCAUGGAUGCCAUCCCACACACAUAACUUGUGUUUUGAUGUAAUGAACUGAAUAGUCCUUUUGAACACUGGCUGGUGUAAGAACAGCUGGGUUCCCAGGCUUGGAUGCUCCAGAAGCAAACAAUUGCAAUAGUCCUUUGUGGCCUUAGAAUCAUGACUGCAUGAUAUGUUUACUGAUCUAAAUUAAAACUGACAAAGUAUCUUUACUUCCCCUCCCCAGCCUUAUUAAGUAUAUGUGUGGCAGAUGGCCACAUUGUGUUUCAUGGGAAGCCUACAUCAAAAUUAGUUUAGGACUGUUUUCAUGCCAUUGGUCAUAUCUAUUGUACCCACAUAUAUGUAUGGAGGAUUCCCAUGUCCAGGGCUGCAAGGUAAAGCGACAUUUGACACUUGAUGGAGUGGUGCUGUCACUUGCAACACUGCCCUAGCAGAAGGAGGGAUUAAUUAUCCAGUGAACUUGUAACUGGAAAAGUGUGGUUGGCAUUUUCACAUGAUUGUUGCAACCAUAUAAUUAAUUACAUAAUGGCAUGAAAGAUAUUUCAUGUGAAUUGGGUGUUAGUGGUUUCAUGACCAGUAUGGAUACAAAAAAACACCCCUACAAGGUUUUAUAGUGCUAAGUUUCUAGCCCUUAUGGCAGGCUUGAAUUGGCAAGAUUGUGGUUUUCUAUCCUAGAGGAAGCCCAAGCCCACUCCAUGGCAUAACCUUCUUCUGAUACUGUUUGACUGUAUUUAUUAUGUAUGCUUGAAUCUUGUCUUACGCCUUGAUAUUAUGUUUGAUUUCCAUUGGGAAGCCCAUACAAAGGAAACUCUGGUUUCAUUUCACUAUAUUUUUCCAUUCAUUUUUUUUUCAAAUAAAGAAUUUUAAAACACUGGCAAAAUAAAAGUUACUUA